CCGUUCAAAUUUUGUAAGAGAGACACUAUUUUCAGAACUGAAGUAACAAAACUGCAAGCUUCGCCGCCGCGCACUGCCGCAAUGUUAACACAAUCUAAACUCCUCCGCCGUCGGAGCUACGUUCUACCUUCCACCUUUUCUUUUCCGCGGCGCUACCACAGCGACUCAGAGGACGAAGGCGAAUCAACGGUGACCCAAGUCGUUGAACUUCUCCGAUCUCCGGCGAAGCAACGGGACUAUGAUCAGCUACGCCCCUUUCUCUGCGGCGCCUCACAUCACCAACUCCUUCAAAUCACUCUCGGCCUGGGCUCCAUUCCCGACGCCCUCGACUUCCUCCACCUCAAAGCCAAAGCAGAACCCAACCACCCUCACCACCUCUCUUCCGUGUUCCAGGGCGCUCUCGAGCUCGCUACGCGACACCCCAAUUCGCAAGCAGAGCUUCUGAGUCUUCACACCUUCCGAAAAUCCAAUGACUUGAGCAUCCCCCUCACUACCAAAUCGGCUUCCCUUCUCCUGCACUGCUUGGAAAGCGAGCGGAUGUUGGACGAUGCGCUUCUUCUGUUCAAUGAGCUCGACCCAUCUUCGAAAAGCACCGGACAUUGCAACGGGUUACUCAGAGGGUUGAUCAAAUCAGGUCGUACUGAUGAUGCACUCCACUUGCUCGAUGAAAUGCUUAAACCGGAUUCCAAGUUUCCUCCCAAUGAUUACACGGGUACAAUUGUUUUUGGGGAGCUGGCGAAGCGGGAGCGUCAUGGAAGAAGCUUUACUGAUGAGGAGAUUGUGGGGUUGGUUACCAAGCUGGGUGAACAUGGAGUUUUCCCUGAUACGUUUAAGCUUACACAGCUGAUAACCAAGCUGUGUGGGAAACGGAGUAACGGUGUCGCGUGGGAACUUUUGCAUGGUGUGAUGACAUUGGGUGGUCCAGUUGAAGUUGCAUCGUGCAAUGCCCUGUUAUCAGGGCUAGGAAGGGAAAGAGAUAUUCAGAAGAUGAAUAAACUGAUGGCGGAGAUGGAAGAAAAGAUGAUACAGCCUAGUGUCCAAACCUUUGGGAUUCUUGUCAAUCAUUUGUGCAAGGCUAGGAGGAUUGAUGAAGCAUUAGCGGUGUUUGAUAAAUUGAGAGGCAAAGGAGAAAAUGAAAAGGUUGUUGGUGUUGAACCUGAUGUGGUCUUGUAUAAUACUGUGAUUGAUGGACUUUGUAAAGUUGGUAGGGAAGAAGAUGGUUUGAGUUUGUUGGAGGAGAUGAAAACAGAGAAUAAAAACAGGCCAAACGCAGUUACUUAUAAUUGCUUGAUUGAUGGGUUCUGCAAAGUUGACAAGAUUGAUAAAGCACAUGAACUAUUCAUUCAAAUGAAGGAGGAAGGAGUACAGCCUACUGUAGUCACAUUCAAUACAUUGGUUGAUGGUUUGUCCAAGCAUGGAAAGGUCUUUAGUGCAGUUGAGCUUUUCAACGAGAUGAAAGGGAAGGGCCUGAACGGAAAUGUUAAUGCUUAUACCUCUCUGAUAUCUGCCUUCUGUGGCGUGAACAAUAUUGAUAAAGCCAUGCAAUAUUUUGAGGAGAUGUCGAGUUCUGGAUGCCCUCCAGAUGCACGUGCUUACUAUACUUUGAUUAAUGGCUUAAGCAUUGCUGGUAGGAUGGAUGAUGCCAGUGUCAUUGUGUCCAAGUUGAAACAGGCUGGGUUUGGUCUUGAUCUAGCUUGCUAUAAUGUCCUCAUCAGUGGAUUCUGUAAGAAGAAAAGGCAGGAAAGAGUUUAUGAAAUGCUUACCGAAAUGGAAGGAGCUGGAGUUAAGCCUGAUACUGUCACCUAUAACACUCUGGUUUCCUACCUUGGCAAAACUGGAGAUUUUGCAACUGCCAGUAAGAUGCUGAAAAAGAUGAUUAACGAGGACCUUGAGCCCUCUGUUGUAACAUAUGGGGCAGUUAUACAUGCAUAUUGUUUAAAGAAGAAUGUGGAUGAGGCUAUGAAAAUUUACGGGGAAAUGUGUUCUACAUCCAAGGUUCCUCCCAAUACUGUGAUUUACAACAUCUUAAUAGAUGCUCUGUGCAAGAAUAACCAUGUUGAAAAGGCUAUCUCUCUGAUGGAUGACAUGAAAGUAAAAGGCGUUCGGCGUAAUACAACCACGUAUAAUCAUAUUUUCAAUGGGGUUCGGGAUAAGGGAAUGUUGAAACAAGCACUUGAACUUAUGAACAGGAUGAUUGAAGAUGCUUGCAGUCCUGACUAUAGAACCAUGGAGAUUCUUACUGAAUGGCUUCCUGCAGUUGGUGAAAUAGAACAAUUACAACGUUUUAUCCAAGGGUAUCAGGUUUCCUUGCAUACAACAUCAUCUCACAUUUUGGAUAAUAAUCUGAUGUACUCCUUCAAGAAUAAAGUUUAAGCAAAAACAAGUUGCUGCCCUUUUGGUUGACAUAAGAGUAUGCAACUUGCAUCUGUCUUUUUGUUUUCUUUCUCCCAUGCAUCCUUUCUGGUUGUUGGUCAACAACCAACCACAUCUAUAGAAAAUAGUCUCUCCGGUAGAAGAGCUCUGUUGUAUUUUUUUUUUCCUCUCUACUAGGUGAGGUGAAAAUAAUAGAUGUAGUUUAUUCAAGUUGGGUUUCUAGGGAAUUCAAUUAAUUUUUUUC